UUCACGCCACAUCACCAUCCCAGACUUAGUGUCACUUCAAUGCUACGAGCGCAAAGCUCAUCACAGCACAGGCUAUCAGCAGAUCCAGGAGGAACCGUUUCCAGCUCCGCAAGCAAUGCUCCUGCAGCAGGGCAGCGCUAUUUAAGUCGAGAAGGCCAUGAGAUCCUGCGCUGGGCAUUGCCUGCCUUGGCAUUGUUAGGCGGACUCUUUGUGGAACAUGUUGGGCUGUACCUGGCAACGCGCAGCUAUGUUCGCUGGAUGGAUGAGCUCCACAGACCUCACAGAGACUCCAUGCCGUCAGCCUUUGAAGGCAACGAUGAUGGAAAGAGUGAGGGAUCUGAUUUGGGUUUCUUAGCAUUGGUCCUGGAAGUCUUCAUGGACCUGUUGCCAGUUGUUUCUAUUGGACUUGUCUUGCGUUUUGGCGACUUGCGACUUUGGUGCCAGACCAUGUUCGCCGCAGCUCUUCUCAUGGUUCUCAAGGGCUUUGCCUCUUGGGCGACAGUGGUUCCCGACAAGGGAUGGAAGGUUUGUCAGGAUCGUUUGGGACCGGAUGGUUUGCGCUACUAUCGCGAGGACCAGCCCUUUUUCAAUAUGGUGCCCGACAUCCUCUUGCUGCAGGUGCAAGGCCUUUGGUUGGGAAGCUCUAGACGACGCCUCUGUGUGGUGGAUGCGCCGUUCCAUAGCAACAUUUGUUUGUCCACGGUGUUCUGCACCAGCCUUUGCGAGGUCAGCAUGGCGUGGUCUUUGCGAGAGGCCGAUGUGCCGGCGAUGGCACAGUGCCUGAGAUACAUGCUGCUGGUGCUUCUUGUGGCCAGUGCCCUGUUGGCCGGGUCAAAGCCUGAAGUAACCAACUUCACAGCACUUGGCAUGGUUUUGGCUCUAGCAGUCUAUGGCAAUCCUGCCCUGGCUUUAGCGGUGGAAGCCUGGUGUCGACACACUGAGCUGGAGACGCCCAGUCGGCCAGUACCAGUGCUCUCCACCCAGCACUCGCCCAACUCCACCAUGGCACUCAUGGGACCGAGGCAGCUCUCUGACUUAGGCGAGGAGAGUGCUCAUGACGUUGGACAGGUGCUGAUGCUGCCUUUGAUGGCCAGAUACUGCUACAUUCAGCAACACCCACAGGAAGGCUCUUUGCUGCAGAAGAAGGUCUUGCUUCAGCAGCUCUUGAAGACUUUGCAGCAGUCCCAGGAUCAGCUGUUGCGGAAAGAGCAAAAGAAGGACGAACUGCUCAAGAAGGAACAAGCAGACGAGCUUCUCAGUGCUCUUCGCGCAGAUCGGUUCGCUGAGCAACGCAUACAGGAGGCGCUCUCCGACCAGCAGCGAAUGCUCAACAGCCGCGCAAGAAAGAAGAAGCAUCAGACAGUGAACUUUGAGGCAAGCAACCUGAUGACUUGCCCAGAGAUGAAUGUGUAUUCAGGUUGA